UGCUACGAGUCGGUGCUGGCAGGGCGCAGUGCAAGUUUAUUAUAAGAGCACAGAUGAUAAUCGAUUUAGGCAGUUGUUUCUCCUUGUUCAGCUGAAAGGUACCUACAGAGAUAAUUUCAUCACGUCUUAUGACAUUGUCUUGCCAUCACACAGCAACAGUCGUUCGCCCACCGUUUUUCUUCGUCCAUUUUUCUCUUAUAGAAGAAUAAAAGGGCUGCUGUACAGUCUCCAUUUCCGUGUUGUUGUUGUUGGGGCUGCGUUAAAACAUGCCUUCCGAUCCGUGCCGUCGUUAUCGAAUGAUGUAAUCAAUUGGCCGAAGAAGAAGAGAAGGAGCAGCUUCACAGCCCACAACUGGUGUAGAGUUUUUCGGUCGAGAGUUGGAAGAACUGCGUGUGGGAUUGGGUAGAGGGGAGUGUCAAGAGGGUGGAAAGAAAGAAAGAAGGGAGAGAAAGAGGGUGGUCUGCCUGCUGGAGUGUGCGUGCAACGCCAACUGGGUGAUAGAUGGAAUAAACUGGGAGCAUUUUCAUCCUCGCGACUCUUGGUUUGGUUGGUUGGGGCUGCUGCUGCUGCUGGGGCGUUCGAAUGUUAUAACCAGCCAUCACCCAUGAUGAUCACCAUCAGUUUUUGGAGAAAAUCCCGACCGAGUUGUUGUUGUCUAUUUCAUUGGACUCGACGCAGCCAUUAUUAAAUUUGAAGAAAAACAAAAAAGGAUAAUAUGAGAAACCCGUUUCCAAAUAGUGAGGAGCCAACAACAGAAGAAUAGAAAGUGACAACAACAACUGUGACAAGCUGCGUCUCGUUUUGUGUGUCGUUUCCCGCCUGUGUGCCAUUGUGGUUUUCUCUCUGCCAGUCGGUACUACUAGUGUGAAACGCGUGUGUGUGUUGUAUGGUGAACGACGGGAAAAAAAGGGAGGGAAGAAGAAAGAAUAAAGAAGAAGAAGAAGCGUUGGGAGAGAGUUUGGCAACGCCGCCGAGUUGGCGUUGGCUUGAGUGCGCUUCAGAGCGCUGUGUGCAGGGAGACUGCACAGCCCAAGCAGCAAGGCAAAGCACAUAAAAGAAGUGGCGAGUUGAAAGGGGAAGGAAUACACACACACAUACACUAGUAUACAGACUACACACACAUACACACACAUACAGACUACAGAGGCUAGAGUGUACAGCCAAGGUGUGUGUGAACAAAAAAAUCAAGCCAAAAUGGCUGCCGCCAGUUCACUACAAAUGCAUUUGCAGCAUAGCCCGCGCAAGAAGAAUUUCGGUUAUGAAGAAACGAUUCGGCUACUCGAAUUGUGGACUCACUACACUAACGGUGGGACCCACCCUGAACUGGGCAAAGGACACAGGACUGGCCGGCUCUGGCUCGUUAUCAGUGAACGAAUGAAGGCCAUGAACUACAACCGUGGGCCAGAGGAAUGCAAAGUGCGCGUCGGAAACCUCAGAGCCAAAUACACCAAACUCAAGAGAGGAUACCUUUCAGGUGAAGGAGUUCCAGAUUGGCCAUAUUACCCAGUCCUAGCCAAAUUCCUAGAAGGGAGGACAGAAUUUGGGGAUUCCUACGAUGCAGGAUCACACUCUUACACAGAACCAGAAGCGAGACCUGGGGCCUCACACCAUCAUCCAGGUAUGUUCCUUAGUAUGUCAAUGGAAGAGCCAAACGAGCCACUCGCCUGCAAUGUAGACGGAGGUGGUGGCCGGCGGGGUGUCGGCGGAGGAGCUGGUGGUGGAUCGUCGCGAUCCAACGACGACGACAGUUCCGUUUCGAUGCCGGAAUCUGGUUCGUCUGCCGGCAGUGAGCACAACGACGCCCCUCCAAACGGACACAUGGCUGGGCCAAUGGGUCCAUCCGACCUGCCCCACGGUCUCGGUGGCCAUCACCCGCCUCUAUUGGGUCCUACCGGAUUAAAAAGACGACCCAUUUCGCCCGUGGACGAUCCUCGCCGACCGGCCAAGCGACCGAAACAUGGCACCAGUACCAUGCUCCUCUCCUUGAUGCAGGCCAUGCUGAAGAUCGAAGAGGAGCACCUGAAACUGCAGCAAGAGCGAGCGGCCAGUGAAGCAGCCAUGAUGCAAGCCGUGACGGCCUUUUUCUCCAACAUGACGCAAAUGUUUGGCGGACACAUGCCCAGUUUUUCAUCGAAACCGGAGGUGCAGAACAACAACAGCGCCGGUUCACAAGGUGGAGCCGGCGGCAGUGGCACGACAGCCGGAAGCAGCGGUCUCCACUCUGGAGUUGUUGGUGGGACGCAACAAGGUGGAGGCAACAACAACAACCAAGCCUCGGGUUCCAAGACGCCAUCCAACCCGUCUUCCUCCUGUUCAAACUCACCCGCCUACUCGCACUCGUACAGCAAUCCGCCCAUGGUCGGCAACUCCGGGAUGAACAAGAUGCACGGCAUGGUCGACGGGCCCGGCGCGGCCACCAACAUGGGAUCGGCCUCGGCCGGACACCACUACCCUUACGGCGGCAUGAACCAGCCGUCACCGUCGCCAUCCAGUGCCGGACAGAUGGCCAGCCCGGCUUCCUAUCCGCUCUCACCGGCCUACCAGCAAGGCGUCGUCAAUACGAUGAUGGGCGCCGGCAACAGUGGGACGGGCGGCGGAGGUGGCGGAUGGUACAACAACGGCUCGUCCGGCAAAGGAGCCGCAUCUUCCAACGCCCCGAUGGCCGUUCACCCUUUCUCCAGCGACAUUCUGGGCAUUCCCAAGAGCAGGCACGACACGAUGUAAAAAACAAAACAACUAAGCGAUGGAAGAAAUAUUUUUUCUUGGUUUUCCUAUCGCUUUUCACCACACCACCGCCUCCUCUACUUUCAUCAAAUCUCCUCCCGCCCCAGUUGUUGUUGUUGUUGUGUGUGUGCCUGUGUGUAGAACGACAACCACUACAAAAGAAAAAAAAUGCCAGAAGAAAUGAAGAAAACCCCUUCCAACCUCACACUCACGGAGCUUCCGGAAGGUGAUGAUGAAAAACAAAAUUACUACGACGACAAAAUUGCAAAAAGAUUAAAAAAAUAAUUAAGGAAAAAUCGUAUGAGAAACAAAAAAAGAGUUUGAAACAUGUUUUUUCUCUUUUUCUCUUCUUUUGUGUGUGCAAAGUGUGUCCGGACUCUUCUCUUCCCUUCGUACUAUAUUGUUGUGUCUCUUUUUCAGGGGACUACCAAAUAUCCUUUUUGUUGAGCGUGUGUGAAAUUUUUCCUUUUUUUAAAUCAGCAAACACUCCGCCUAGAUAGUUGGGCUUUUUCCCUUAUUUCCUUUUUUUUUUUAACACUUUAAUUUAAAAUUCUCUUGCCUUAUUCUUUCGGUCUGGAUGUUAUUAUUAUUGAGUCCCCCCACCCUAUUUUUUUUGUUGGUUGAAUCCGUAACCAAAAAGUCCAUCACUUUCGACCGCUUCGUGCACACUCUUUUUGUUUCCCCCUCCUCCGUUCCUUACCUGUUUAUUAAUUUUUUCGUUUGUUUUUUGCGAUGUGUCAAAUUUAAAAGAGGCAGCUUUAUAUCUAUCGUAAAGAGCCGACAGUUUGUUUAUUUUUCGCCAAGAUCCAAAGGGCCAAAAAGAGAAGAAAGUGAAAACGGUUAGAAGAAAAAUUUAUUUUGCACCGAGUUCUUCCCUCCUCCCUCGUCAUCCAUCGCUUCCGGAAACACACACACACACUAGAAAGAACUACAAAUCCCCCCCACUCGAGUGUGUGUGUUUUACAAACAGAACAACGUGAAUAUGCUUUACUACUACAAAAAUUAUCGUCGAAAAUUUUUUCUUACAAAAUCAACUCAGCUGCUAAAAAAAAAACUCGUUUUUCUUGUCGCAUUGACGUUUCAUUUCGAAGCCGAUCAAAAAACCAAAAUGUCGUGUGUUUUUCACUUUUUCCAUUUGUGUGUCGGGAAAGGGGGAGCAUUUUUUCAGACAGGAGAGACUAUGGCGUGCGUGUGUAUUUCGUGUGUGUGUGUGUGUUUUUCGGCUGUGGAUCUAUUACGAUUAUAUAAGAUUGUUCGUUUCCUUUUUUCUUUCCACGCUCUCGUCUAUCUAUCUCUUUUCAAGUAGUUGAAAAACCAGAUUUUUGUUUUCUCUCCUUUUUUUAAAUUUUUUAGAUAAACAAGAAUCGGCUUUGUGUAAUGUACUAUGCAAAGUGCAAAAAUGUCCUUUUUCUAUCUAUAUCUCAUUGUGCUGCUGCUGCUGAUGUUCUCCCCAUCCUCUUUGCGUUUGAAGCCACCGCUGCGCUGCGAAAGUGACACCCCUGCCACACACCACGAACCACAAAUUGUUUGGUUUCGUUUUUUGAAUUUUUUCUUUAUUUUUCUUUGAGUUUUGUCUCUUCCUAGCCCUCCAUUUAAUAAUAAUAAUUAAUAAUAAUAUUUCGUGUAUUCAGGCAUGCAUUAACCAAAACGCUAAUGUAAGGAAUACUCAUUAUCUUUUUUCACUCUCUCUCUCCUUGUCCCGUUUAUUAUUAUUAUUACAUCAUCUGUGUUUUUUCCCUUUUUCCUGAUUUUUUGCAGCAGGUUUUCAGCGAUAAAAUGAGAAACCGACCUCUCCGUUUUUGAUUGUGUAUCUUCUUUUUUUUCUACUUGAUCCUCCCCCACCCCGAUUUUCAGUGUGCAAUUUUUUGAACUUGUUGAACCGCCUCGUCCCCCGUUCCGUUUUCUUUCCUUCCGGCUCUUUACUUUGGAAAUAUUAUUCUCGGCCACCACCAAACCCCCUCUCUCGACCAGCCAUCAAAAAAUAUUUUGAA